AUGUCACCCUCCGCUGAGACACCAUCAACCGGCACAAGCAACGGCAGCACGCCGAAUGCCGCACACAACCCCAACCAUGAAGAACAUCAAUAUCUCAACCUCAUCCGCACGAUCCUCGCCUCAGGUGAAUACCGACCCGACCGCACAGGCACAGGCACACGCUCCAUCUUCGCACCCCCUCAGCUCCGCUUCUCGCUCUCCAAGCCGGCCCCCAACCCCGCCGACGACCCCAUCCCCGUCCUGCCCCUCCUGACCACCAAGCGCGUCUUCCUCCGCGCCGUCGUCGCCGAGCUGCUCUGGUUCAUCUCCGGCUGCACCUCGUCGCAACCGCUCUCCGACCAAGGCGUCAAGAUCUGGGACGGCAACGGCAGCCGCGAGUUCCUCGACAAGGUGGGCCUGGGCCACCGCGAGGUCGGCGACCUGGGUCCCGUGUACGGGUUCCAAUGGCGACACUUCGGGGCCGAGUACGUCGACGCCAAAGCCGACUACACGGGGCAAGGGGUCGACCAGCUGGCCGAGGUCGUGCACAAGCUGAAGCACAACCCCUUCGACCGCCGCAUCAUCAUGAGCGCCUGGAACCCCGCCGACCUCAAGAAGAUGGCCCUCCCGCCCUGCCACAUGUUCGCCCAGUUCUACGUCUCCUACCCCAACGGCCCCGACCACAAGGGCCAUCUCCACUGCCAGCUCUACCAGCGCUCGUGUGACGUCGCCCUCGGCGUGCCCUUCAAUAUCGCCUCCUACGCCCUCUUGACCCACAUGCUGGCUCAUGCUGUCGACCUGCACCCCGGUACCUUUGUUCAUGCCAUGGGUGAUACCCAUGUCUACCUCGAUCAUGUCGAGCCCUUGCAGGAGCAGCUGGUGCGCGAGCCGACGGAGUUCCCGGAGUUGAAGAUUUCUCGUGAUGACCGCGGUAGUGGGGUGGUUGAUGGUUGGAAGCCGGAGGAUUUCGAAGUCGUCGGGUAUAAUCCUCACAAGGCUAUCAAGAUGAAGAUGAGCGUUUAG